CCGGAUUCUGCGCUCACGUCUACAAGUUGCUGAUCAACGAGAAGCAUGCGCUUACUUCUCCCCGUGCUGGCGGUUGCGGUCACACUGGUUGCUGCCAGAAGUGACAGCGCAGUCACCGUUAACGCGAUCUCCAAGACGGCCUCGACGAAGUCGACUGUGAUCCACAACGCGGUGCCCGGUCUGCAUGUAGCCACUCGAGAACUGUCCGGCGAUGACGCGACUUUUGAAGAAAGAAGAGGAGGUGGAGGACAUGGAGGCGGGCAUGGUGGAGGAGGUGGUGGAGGUGGUGGAGGGCAUGGAGGGCAUGGAGUUUCAGGAGGAGGUGAGGGAGGGCAUGGAGUCUCCGGGGGAGACGGAGGAGGUUAUGCAACUACAACAGGAGACGGAGGAGGGGGCACCCCAAUUGGAGGUGGGCGUGUGCACCCCGUCGGAGCAAACUCAAAUACGGGAUCCAUGAACACGAACGGCGUCGCGGAUCAAAAAGAGGAAAAAUGCGAUCGUUUUGUAAACUGGUUUAAACGGCUCUUCGACAAAAGCAUCAAGAAGUGCCCGAAGGAAGUUGAAGAAGAUAUGCGUCGCCUUCGAACCUAAGACGUAUGGUCAUUUUCUGAAAUUAAAACACGGGCACUUCUUCAAUAGUGCACAUUCCUCUAGUCAGGGUUGUCUUUUUGAAGUUCAUGACCCUAAUAGGGGGAGUCAGAACUAAGAAAUGACAUGAAAUAAAGCACCACUCUGACACGAAAAAUAAUGACUAGACAUCUCAUAAUAUGGCCCCAGUCAAAAUUGAGUUAGAUGAUUCAUUUUCAAUUUUAUUGCUGUC